AUGUCCAAGUCGCAAACCGAAGGUCUCGAGCUGGCCGAAUUGGUUUUCUACGUCAUUGCGAUUCUACCAGCUACCUACUGUUUGAUCAAGCACGGGAGACCCGGAAUCCUGGGCUGGCUCAACGUACUGAUUAUGUGUUCUCUUCGCAUUGCAAGCAAUGCGAUGGCCUAUCACGACCUGACCACCACUGGCAACCCCAACAAAGCAGCCUCCAUCAUUUCCGGAAUUGGUCUUUCUCCUCUGCUUCUGGCAGCACUGUGUCUACUCAAUGAGGCCAACACUUCUAUCCGAGACCACCUCCCCGCAAUCAUCAAGAGCUAUGGUUACAUUCUAGCACAUUGGGUUAUCAUUGCGGGAGUUGGCUUGGCAGCCGCGUCGGCCAACGGAAAACUCAUUCUGCUGCGCAUUGGACUAAUUAUUUUUGGGACUGGCUGGAUGAUUGUUGCUAUCUUCGCUUAUAUCUCAUUCCGGGUGCCCAUGAGCUCCCAGCGCACUGAUGGCGAGAAAAAGCUACUCAUCGCUAUCAUGGCCGCCCUUCCCCUUAUCGGUGUCCGGAUCCUCUAUGGCAUUGCAAUUGCAUUCGUUGAUGGAAACAUGCUGGGCGGAAGCCUGCCUGUCCGAGUUGUUUUUGGAACUUUGCCUGAGUUCCUGGUCAUGCUUGCCUAUGUAGCUGUUGGUAUUGUUACUCGAAAUGUGGCCAAACAGCGCCUGGAAGGAUCCAAGCAAGCAAUGGGGAAUCCCGGACUUGCUUCUUCAUAA